GCCACCAAGCAACUAUGAGACAGGACAGAGCCUGGACGUUUGCAGAUGGCUCCAGCCCUCUCUGCUUCUCUGCAUGCUUUCUUGACAACAAAACACAUUUAAAAUCCAAAUAAAUGUGAGCCUGAGAGUCUCUGAGCCAUGGCUCACCGUGUUCUUGCAUCUGGGCUCGCCUACCCCGUGCCUGGGAGGACCUUAGGAAGUGACCAAGCAACAAGGUCUGAUGGUUAAUAGUGACCGUCAACCACUUGGCAGGAUCUAGAAUCGCCGAGAAGACAAACCUUGGGCACGCCUGUGAGGGAGUUUCUGGAUUUGGUUCAUUGAGGUGGGCAAAUGCACCCUAAAUUUAGGAGGCACUGUCUGUUGCCUGGGGUCUUGUACUAAAUAUUAAGAGAAAGAGAGCUGAGCAUGCCUGACUGCAGAUAUGGUGUGACCAGCUGCUUCACACCUUUGAAACGUCCCUGCCCUGAUGCGCAGUACCCUCCAAGUGCAAGUCAGAUGAAAGCUUUCCUGCUGUAAACUGCUUCUGCCAGGUAUUUUGACUCAGCAAUGGGAGAAGUAACAUCCACCGCGGGAAUGGCCUGCCACAGCGUCGUCACUUAAAGGACUGAAAAGAGAGCCCCACAGUUGUCUAGAGAUGGACAACCGGCUGGCUCCUCAAGCUUUGGGGUGCACACAGAUCACCCGGGGAUCCUGUUAAAAUGCAGAUUCUGAGAGAACUCGGCAUGGUGCCCUCAGGCAAACAAAUGAAUACCCUUAAGUGGCCACCAGGAGGCGCCAGGAGCAGCGAGAGACCUGCGGUACCUUGGCGGUAGAGGUGGAGAUGGAUGCAGAGGCAAGGGAAGAAUCCUUUUUUAAGAAUCAGUGUGAGCAAGGGAGCAGAGCCACGUUAUUUUAGGAAGACUUUGUCGCACUCCCCCUCCCCCGGCUAGGUAGCGUCUGGGAUGUGUGCACCCUGUUCGUAGUCUCCCAUGGAGAGACGCUGGCUGCUGCAGCCGGCAGUAACCCGACCCCGCCGGCAGCGCGGAGACUGAGGAGGCGCCGGGGAGAACAGCGAGAGGUGAACAAAAGCCCUCGGCAAGGGGGCCGGAGCCCGGACCUGGGGGACUCCAACAAAGGACGAGGUUCGGCUAUGGUGGACCCGGUGCCAGAAGAGGAGAAAGAGGAAGCAGAGCCCGGUGGCACAGAAGGGGAUGAAGCCACAGCGUCCGUGCCCCCGGAUGCCCAGGGAGCCCAGCAACCUGCUGCCUCCUCGGCCUCCGCCUCCGCCUCCGCGGCGGCGCCCAGAAAGGCUGAAGUCCCCUGCGGGGCAGAAGGUGGACGCCGGGAGCAGUCUCCGCUGCUGCACCUCGAUCUCUACAAUUUCGCCUGCCCGGAGGCAGAGGGCAGCCGCUACGUCCUGACCAGCCCCCGCUCUCUGGAGGCCUGCGCCCGCUGUGCCGUCAAGCCAGUGGAGCUGCUGCCUCGGGCCCUGGCCGACCUGGUGCGCGAGGCCCCGGGCCGCUCCAUGCGCGUGGCCACCGGCCUGUACGAGGCCUACGAGGCGGAGCGCCUGGCCAAACUGCAGCAGUGCCGCGCCGAGCGCGAGCGCAUCAUACGCGAGGAGAAGCGGCGCCUCUUCACACCCAAGGGUCCCGCGGCGGCCCCGGCCUCAGCCUCAGCCUCGGCCUCGGCUUCGGCCCUGAGCGCGGGCAGCAGCAGCAGCUGCAGCAGCAGCAGCAGCCUCCCGGCCUCGCCCGCCUCGCGAGUUGCUCGAAGGACUUCUCCCAGUCCUCCGGCCAGGAGCCGGCCUCCGCCCGCGGGUUCUCGGACAGGUAGGAAGAGCCACUCGCUGGACUCGCUCUCCCGCCGGCGGGACGGUGCCCUGAGCUCCGAGUCCGGGGCCUCGUCGUCGUCCUACAGCGGGGAGAGCCUUCGGGAGCUUCGCUGGCCACCUCGAACUUCCGCCAGGAACAGCUGCCCCGCGGGCUCGGCGGCGUCUGCACCCAACCCACUAGGCCGCCCUUCGGCCCUUGCUCUGGUUCCACUCACGGCCCGCAGCUUCAGCCUCGGAGACCUGAGCCACUCGCCACAGACCGCUCAGCAUGUGGAACGCAUCGUCCGCCAAGUGCGCGCCGAGCGAGGCCUGCGCGGGGUCCCCGAGCGCGACCGUAAGAUCGCCGCCCUCAUGCUGGCCCGGCACCAGGAGGAGCGCCUGUUGCUGGAGCAGCGCGCCGCGGCCCACGGCCAGUGGGAGCAACAGCGCGUGCGCGCCGAGCAGCGGCGGGAGCGCGAGGAGCGCGAGAAGCAGCGCGCGCUGGAGCAAGGCAGGCGGGCUUGGGCGGCGCAGGUGGAGGAGCGGCGCGGUCGCCGGGGCCGGGAAGAGCGCGAGGCCGCGCGGAGGCGGCAGCAGCAGUGCGAGCGUAGCGAGGAGCGGCGGCGGGAGCUGGCGGAGCGUCAGGGCCUGCUGCGGCGGGAGCGGGUUGAACGCGCCGCGCGCGACGACCGGCUGCGCAAGCUGCAGCAGGAGCAGAACCUGAAGCAGAGGGAGGAGGGCCUGCAAGAGGGGCGGGAGCGCGCGGAGCUGGUCCGCAGGGAGCGCGCCCAGCGAGCGGCGCGCGCCAGGCAGCGGCAAGAGGGCCAGCUGCAGCGCGAGAAGCGGGAGCUGAGCCGGGCCGAGCGGGCGCGCCACGAGGCGCUGCUUCGAGGCCGAGUCCGGCAGCAGCAGGAGGAGCGGGAGGGCCUGCGGAGCUCCCUGGAGGCCAGCUUGGGCCGCGCGCAAGAGAACUAUGAGCAGCUGCAGGAGCAGCGCGCCCGGGAGCUGCGGGAGCGCGCGCGGAGAGAGGAGCUCCAGGGUCGGCGGGCCAAGGAAGCUGCCGAGCGCAAAGAGCGGGAGCAUCAGGCGCACUUGGAGGCGCUGGCGCGGGCGGGAGAACGGCGGCUGCAGCACGCGGCACAGGUGGCCGAAGAGGCGGUGCAGCAGAAGGCCCGGCGAGUGGUUCAGACUCGCCUGGAGAAGGAGAGGACCCAGCGUGCCAACAAGGAGAAGGUGGAGAGAGACGAAGACUGCCGCCGCCGCGAGCUGCUGCAGGCCAUUGGGCGCAAGCUGGAGCGCAGCGAGCAGCUCUCUCGAGAACGGCGAAGCGCGUUAGAGAGCGCUCGCUCCACGGCCCGGGCCUCCUUCCAUGUGCGGGAGAAGGUGCGGGAGGAAACCAACACGCGCUCUUUUGACCGCAUGGUGCGAGAGGCCCAGCUACAUGCCAGCCUGGACCGCAAAUGACAGCCGCCCUGUACAGGUCGUGCUGCUGGAUAUAGCCAGGUGUGGCCUCCCUUUGACCAAACUCCAGGCAUCUCCAGUCCGGCUGCCACACCCUGAACUCUCCAGACUAAUGAACCACGAGGCACUGAGAAGCCAGACAUGGUAUUUUCCCAUCUGUCACCACUGUUUUACAGACUUACUCCAUUUGGAAAUGACAUGGCACAAUCUACCCACAUCCACUUGUGUCUUUGGGUUGGAAUAGAAAGUAGAGGAGGAGAGAGCACAGAGGCCAACAUUGGGCUCUCUGCCACAGCUGCCUUGGGCAUCUUUCUAACAUUUGUGUCCCAGACGAUUUAAGUUGCAGCUGCGACGAGGGGCUAUCUCUCAGACUCACCUCCGUCUUUGAAAAUACAAGUUGCACAGAACUUGAAAGUUUCCCGAGAAAGCACAGCGCUUCUAAGAUGUUAGUUCAUGCACAAGCGACUACAAAGCUGUUGCUGGGCUAUUAAUUGGACACGUGAACAAAUUAUCCUGUUCCCAUAAUCUUUUCAGUUGAGUCCCUAGCUUUCUAGUUAGACAAUCAUCUACAGAUAAUAAUCCC